AUGAUGUUUUCUAAAAAUGGAAAACAAACUAAGAAAAGAUCAGGUAUAAUAAAAUCUAAAGAAAAAAGACUCAAAAAGGCCAAAACCAAAAAAGAUCCUGAAAAACGUAAAUCAACAGGAGGCCUCUAUUAUAGAUACCUUCCAUGGAGAACAGCAAGGCUUCACUAUCAUGAACAUGAAACUGUCCACUAUGAAUGAUCUCAAUGAUACCAUAAUGGCCCUGGCAAAACAUCUAAAAGUUAUAAUGGUAAGAAAAUUUCUGCAUUACUUAAAAGUAUAGAGGAAAAUAUUAAAUCUCUUGAAAACUUGGACAAAAUUUUGGAUAAUAAGCAUAAUAGCUCAAUAAAGAAGACAAUUCCCAGCAAAAAAAUUAAUUUUUAUGAGUAUUCAAAGUCAUAUUUAAAAAGAGUUAGCAUGAAAGAGCCUUACAAUGCAUUUUACCUGUGUCAUUUAACAGAUUUUUAA